CGAUUUGUAUUAUAUUGUUUUUCUGACGAAUUCUAUAAUUAUUCUUGUCCCCUGUUCUGAAUUUAUGUUUCUGCAUAAACGAAACGUACAAAAGUCGUAGCCGUUGUAAAGAACGGAACGAAACGAAGAACGAGAUUCCGAAAGGUGAAUACUUGAAUGAAUAUCAUGGUGGUUAUUGUUUAUUGAUUGGAGUUGUGUUUAUACUUAGUAAUGGUGAAAAAUAUGUAAUAAGGUAAUAAAAUGUGAAAUGAAAUUUAUAUUUUACUAACGCCAUGUCAGCUAAUGGAAAUGGAGGCUUCUAUGCGCCGCUGAAACAAAUACUAUCCGAUUCUGAAUCUGAAGAUGAACAUAAGCUGGAAAAUGCCGUGCACAUCAAAGCCACGGACAGUUGCAACAAUUUGGACUUCAACAGUGGCUUGCAAUCCUCAAAAAACUACAGUAUAAGCGACAUGGAUGAGUUUAACACCAACGUUAAUACUGUAGAAAGCACCAUGGAUAAUGUAAGCUUUCUACAGUCAGAUAUAUCAAAUAAGAUGUCUUUCCCGCGCCGGUGCGCUUUUAUAGCUUCGAUCCUCAUGUGUAUUUUCACUGUCGUGAUCUUCCUAUGGGGAAUACCUUGUUCAGAAGUGGGCAGUUGCGCUGCUAACGAGUGGCAAGACAGAACGACAAGCUGGGAAUUGCCCUACAACGAAAUGGAACUUUCCGGCGCCGUACAAGUCGUGGAUGGCGCGAUUCCGAACACAAAGAACUUAAUAUUCAUUUACAGAGGAAAUCAUAUGAGGCAGGUGCCCAAAAGUAGCAGUGACAAUGUUAAUGGUGUUGUACUGAUUGUAGGAAACUCUGGUAAGGUUGGCUGGUUUACCAGGGAGAGUAGGAUACCAACAGACAUUAACUGUCACCUUAUUGAUGUAAACAGAGACAAACAGAAUGACUGCCUAGUGUCUGGUACAGAAGGCCUGCUUGCUGCUUUAGAUUCCGUUUCCGGGACAUAUUACUGGCACAUGCAUAAACAAGGAAAAGUGGUCAGUAAUAUUGCAGCUAUAGACUUCCCUAUAAUUAUAAAAGACAUGAAUGAUGAUAAUGUCCAUGAGCUGCUGGCUGUAGCAACUGUGUACCCCAAUGCUAAUCACAAAUCUAUAAUAAUGAUAUCUGGUGCAACAGGUAACAUUAUGACUGAACCAAAAUUAAUUGAUGACUGUUUAUCUGUGAAGCUUUUAUCAGAGAUUGACACAGUUAACUAUAUCUGUAAGAAUAGCUCAACUGAGGCAGUGAGACAUAUAUCUACAGAAGAUCUAAAGAACAUGUUGAAAAGAGACCAGCCUGCCAAUCAUGCACCACAUCCACCAGUAAUGAUGAAACAAGUGAAUGUUAGCAUGAAGAAGAAUAUUGGGAAUACUAUUGAAACAUUCACCAAUGGCCCUGGUAAAUUAAAAGUUGAAAACUCUGGUGAAUGUCCAAACUCCUGCAGAGUAUAUCUAAAACUCAUGUUGGAGAGAAAUGGCACCACUAAUGUGAGCUGGGAAUAUACAGCCAAUAAUGUUUAUGCUAUGAAACCAAGCACAUUUUCUUUUGCAAACAAUAUCAGAGGCUUUGUAAUAAAAUUAUGACAGUGGAAUAGUGCACACCUGGCAAAGGGUGCACUUAAAAUUGACGAAGUCAAAUACAAUGUUCAGAAUUCAAGUCCAAAGAACAU